CUGUUUAACAUUGAAACUCAAGCAACAUGAAUAUAAUCCAAAAACAUAUUUGUCGAUGUCUUUUACAGAAAUGCAACAGUGGAAAUGUUCCAUUGUCAUUUGUGCCUGCAAGACAAGCUACAGUGUUAAACUGGCUUUUAGAUAAACAUAGAAAAUCACAGUUGUCACAACAACCUGAGAAAGAAGAUGACAUUGAACAAGAAACUAUCAUGGUUCCUAGGGAUUACAAAUAUCUGUAUCCAGAAUUUUUACCGCCAACAAAUUAUCGGCAUAGAGAUAGAAUACGAGAAAAAUUAGAGAGGCAAGAUAUGUUUCAGAGAAGGACUGUGAUGGAAGUUCCUGAAUUUUAUGUUGGUAGUAUUCUAGCAGUUAAUGUAGCAGAUAUAUAUGCACCAAGCAAAAAUACAAGAUUUGUAGGCCUUUGUAUAAGUAGAGAAAAUGAUGGGCUACGAACAAACUUCAUCCUGAGAAACCAUAUUGAUGGAAAUGGUAUAGAAAUAAAAUAUGACAUGUACAGUCCCUUACUGCAGAGUAUAGAAGUAUUAAAACUUGAGAAGAGAUUAGAUGAUGAGUUAUUUUACCUCAGAGAUUGUCCCCCAGAAUACAGCACGGUAGACUUUGAUAUGGAACCUAUUCAUCUGCCUACAGGAAGUGCUGUUCCACUAAAUACUAUUAAGGUGCCCCUUGGACCAAGACCAUGGGAUAAAAAAUGGGAUAUAAAAAAUUUUAAAGGACUUCAGCCAUCAAACAGAGUAUUGCGUAAAAGGGCAGCCAUUAGGUUAGAAAGAAGUGCUAAACCUUGGGAGGAACAUGACUUGAUGAAACAAUAUCGUGAAUCUGUAAACGAUGAUGAUGUAGAGACAGCCUUAAAAGAAGUAGUUCUUAAAACAAAGAAGAAAAACACAAAAUCACAAAGAAGGCAAUGAACCAUUAAAACAAAUAUUACAACGUUCCUUGGUCAAA